AUGGAUUAUUUCACAGUUAAACAGAAUUAUUACACCGGUAAUUAUUCUCAAGUAUUAAAGGAAAUCGAUGUCCUAGGUGCUGACGACACUACUCUGUUCUACAAAGCCAGAUCUCAAAUUGCUCUAGGUUCAUACGAAUCCAAUGCUUCCGCUGGUCAAUUAGGUGCAUCUUUUGAUAGCUACAAUGCCUUUUUGAAGUCCAAGAAAAUCGAAGAUGUAUCAAUUAAAGAGGAUUCAGCUUCCAAUUAUGAAUUGGUCUUAUUGGCUUCUGCUAAUGCUAUUGUUGGUGACUAUGAAACAGCUUCCCAAUUAUGUAACAAAGGUAUUGAUAGCGACGAAGAAGUCGGCAAAUUAGAGUUAUUAUUAUUAGCUGUUGAAAUUUCUUUGUUAAAUGAAAAACCAACUAUUGCUAAGGCUCUAUAUGACAACUUUGUCAACCAAAAGACUGCUCAAGGUGAAUUCUCUAGUGAAGAUGAACUGAUAGUUAACCUUGCUGAAUCAUACAUUAAGUUUUUCACUAACGUUGAUACAACUUCUUCAAAUUUCUAUUACUACAGUGAAAUUUCUCAAAGUUUUUCCACUUGGAGUGCACAAUUACGUUUAUUAAACUCUCAUUUACAACAAGGUCAUUUAACUGAGGCACAAGAUAUAGUGAAGGUCUUAGAGUCAGAAUAUUACUCUGUCCAACAAAAGGAACAAGCUGAUUUGUUCAAACCAGAACUUUUAGUUCAAAAAAUCACAUUGUCUGCCAUGCAAGACGAUGGCAACAUCGAGAGUUUAAGAACCGAAUUGAAAUCAUUAGCUCCAGAACAUGCUUACCUAAAGAAUAACGAAAAAAUAAACAAUAAAUUUGAUGAACUGGUUGUCAAGUACUCCUCAUGA